UUGUUGCAUGACGCUGAGAUUGCAAGCAUGGACUUGUUGACGUUGAUGUCAUACGACCGACGGUAGUGCGGACACGAUGGCAAGUCCCUGGUCAGAGUGUAGAAAGUGGAUGCUCGAUGAACAGGCUCAGUAAUUUCCUUCGUAGCGAGCGUCAAGCUUCUUAGGCGUGUGACUAGCUGGGGUUAGCUUGAGGGCUGAUGGGCACCCUGGCGCAGAGUGGGGCUCCAGCGAGCGGAAAGGCCGACUCAAGUCGACACUCCACCAGCGCGACUAUCCGGCCCAGACAAGACCUCUGACGACUUUCCCCCGAGCUUCGACCAUGGACGAGCUUAAGGACCAGCACAACCCCAACGCGACAAAUGGGUUCAUGCAAGACACGCCGCCACGAGCCGACGUCGACGAGAUCCUGAGACGCAAGCGGAAAGCGCGAGAGUACAAGGCCUGCUACCCGUGUCGCCAGCGCAAGGUCAAAUGCGACCAGAACGUCCCGUGCAAGACAUGCGUCGUCCGCGAACACCCCGAGCUGUGUACCUACCACCCGCCCAGCGAGUCGCAUCCGCCUGCGAAACGAAUAAACCUCGGGCUCGGCCAGAACAACGGCCAUGACUUUUCGAAUGGCAUCGUCCACAUCCAUGGCGGCACCGUCACCCUGCCCCGGGAGGACUGGGAACGCAUCUGCGGCAAGCUGCAACAGGCGGAAAAGUCGCUCAGUGACUUGAAGAACGCCGUCGGCAGCGUCGCAGAGAUACCGCCCCCGAUCAACGGCUUCUCUCCUGCCGACGCAUCUGGAAACACGCCUCUGGCAGCAGCAGCGCCCAUGGACGGCGAGCAGAGCCACGUCCGGACCCAAGGCAUACACACGCGCAACGACAUCACCGGCCAGACAAUACACAUCGGUCCCAGCUCAGUACCAGCGCUCGUCAUGGCAUUAGGGAGGGGAGAUACACAGUGGGCACCGGGCGUGCAAGAUCUCCUGGGCAAGAAGAGCAUGCUACCAAUUUUUGGCCUGGACAACGAGAGCGCUACAUAUCCCUUUGUCGAUCUUUGGGGACUGCCGCAUGGAUCUAUAGCGCGCGCUCAAGAGCUUGCCAAUGCGUUACCGAGUGAUUCCGAAUGCCUCAGUUUCUUUCGAAGCUAUCGCGAGACCGCACAUGCCGUAUACCCCGCCGUUGCCGACAUCGAGGCCAUCGAAUCCGAUCUUCUGCUCUUCUUGAUCAACCGCGCAAGUGCACAAGGCACCAACGGCAUCACAGAUCAGCAGAUAUAUGGCAAAGACUUCCAUUGGAUAGGCAUGGUCUUUGCCAUACUGGCUUCCGGUUGUCAAUGUUCGAGUCUGUCGCGAAGGGAGAGGGAGCUUACAUCGCAGGUUUACGUCUGUUGCAGCUUCGAAUGUUUACGAUUUACAAACUUUCUAUCGCAUGCGACUAUCGAGAACAUACAGACUCUUUUGAUCCUCGGAAACGUCAUCUCGAAUAACAUGAAUGCUGGAGUCGCUUGGAGUUUGAUGGGUUUGACAGUACGCCUUUCGCAGACACUAGGACUACACCGACAAUGUCCCCCUUCCACCCCAGUGCAGCAGAGGGUCAUUCGAAGCAAGACAUGGUGGGCGCUUCUUUGGCAGGACUCGCUGCUGUCUGUCUCGUACGACAGAGCCUCGUCGACGACCACCAUUGAUCAUACUGUACCCAUGAGCCAGCACACAGCGCCGGGAACAAGGACAUAUGUCGAGAGCAUGUACAGACUUUGUAAAGUAGGGCUGGAUAUAGUGCGUGAGCGCCAGAGGCCACAGAAUUCGCAUGACGCCCUGAUACGCAUCACUGAGCAUCGCAACGAACUCCAAGAAAUUAUGAUAGAUGCUGCAGACUAUCUCAAAGACUCUAGGAGAUGCCGGUCUAUGCGCGAUCAGCUCGAACACUGGGCGCUAUACCUGCACAUAUCGUACGUCACAUCUGAGCUCUGUCGACCAGCCAUCAGUCCAGCCACUGUCAAUCUCGAUCUCUCCAAGACUCUGCGCAAGACAUGCAUCGACAGCCUUACCAACACUGUCGAAGCCUUCCUCGGUUUGCAAAACAUGACGCCAUUCGCAACUCGUUCCUGGUCCGCUGUGCAUCGUUCCCUGAGUUCUGCUCUGCUCCUCGGUAUUCUUGGCGAACACAACCGCAACGAACGAGCGCGCAGUUUGUUGCAGAACGUGAUUCAAGUUCUUACGGAUGUCACAAAGGACGUCGACCCCGCGGAGCUUGCCACGCCCAUUACACGGUCCGUCUCGGCUUUGGAGCGGCUGCUGAGGAUCACCACAACACACAACCGGAAGGCGAGUGAAGCGGGCUCACAGGCUUCCCCCACGAUGCACGUCUUUACUGCACAGGACAUCAACAACGCCCUCAACGGGGACGCUGAGAACAUGUUCUCGCAAUCACCACUGCUCGGACUGGACCUUGACUCCUCACCGUAUGCACUUAUGGAGAGCAUCGUGUGGGGUGCGCAGAAAUCGCCGUGAAGAGGUGAGGUGGCGAAAGAGAAGUUAAAAAGUGAAACAAAAGUCAUGAUACCCAGACCUGCGCAGCGAUCUGUAGCGUUGCCACUUACAAAAGCCGGAGAUAAUGAUCAGACUCUCGUCUUGAAUGGCAUCUAAUCAGUUUGGCUGCCCCAAAAACCUGAUAAUGCACAUGACGCUAGGCGUGUCUCAAGAACGUUGUCGCGCAAACGAUAUUAGUGAAUGAUGAGCGAGAGGCGCCUUUGGGGGGUUAUUUUUGUAUUGCAAGGGACAGGCUGUCCUGU